AUGGAGAAGUGUGACCCCAAGAGUGACCUGCUCUUCUUCAUUAAUGUUUUCUUGGAGAGGGGGAACAACAUUGCCAAAGCUUCUACUAGAUGUGAAGAUGGGAUGGGAGAAAUCCUGAAAAGAAAGGUUAUGUCAUAUGGCAUAACAAUAGACCCAUCGAAGAAUAGGGGAGCACUAGGCACCAAGGAGUUAACUCUCUCUAGAAUUGCUCAGGCAUUUGCACCAUGUACUGCAGCAGUUAUCAUUGGCCACAAUCUCAAGGGGAAACUAGUUUCAAAGCUUCUUGGAGGUUUGCAAAUAAUAAUGCAAUAUACUAUCUUUUCAAGACUGAUAUCAACUGGGGCAACCUACCCUGAAGAGCUUAGAGAGAUUGCCCAGAUUCUAAACAUGGAAAUGUCAAUCAUGCUGGCAACUCCGAAAGAAAAACGUAAGCUCUUUAUGAAGCCUGUUUCAGAUCUGCUGGAAGAGUCAAGCCAGUAUGUAGAUGCGGCAAUGAAUCCACAAUCUCUGACCAAGCGUAGAUUAGGAUCCUUGUUAAAGCAGGGGUUGUGGCCAUUGCUGGGGACACCACUAGAUUAA